CGCUUUGGCUCCACUGUGUGCACGCUCGGGUCGGUCGAUGCGAGCACAGUGGCGUGGCUCUCGGCCUCCAUUUGCCAGUUUGUGUUUAUGUUCGAGGGAUUCACCGAGGCCGUUUCAGCGGCGACGACGACGUGCAACAGUUGGAGUUUCACCGUGAACGUUAUCAAUAUGUCGCCACUGUAAGACACGAGGCAUUGAGCCGGAGAUGAAAGGUAUCAAAUGAAGUGUGACCGCCAUUAAGGAUGCCUGCCACAGACUCUGAAUUCACAUCAAUGGAGGACUCUCAUACGUUGGAGGAUGAGGAGGGGAGCUCCGCUAACGUCCCCUCCUCUGUCCCUGCUCCUACCGUCCCUCCAACUCCUCUCGAUCCAACCACUACGGGACCUAAUUUCCCCAAUGAGACAAUGAUGGAGAAAAAAGCCGUCUCUAUGGCAAGUAACGAUUGUAGCUCGGCUCUCUCUUCACCUGCUGAAGCUAGCCCUGCCAAACCUGCUGCAACAUCACCCACUACCCUCGAAGGGAGUUUUGAAACAAGCCCAGCUACCUCACGUAUCGCAUCAGCAUCAGACUCUCUAAAAAGCACAGGGACAAGUCUUGUGGACAUAUCAGAAUCACCACUAUCGUUGCCAUCUAUCACGUUUGGCAGUUCAGACCCGGGACAAGACUUUCCUGCUGUGCUGACCUUCAAAGGUGUCAGUGUCACUCUGGAGAAUAACAGUGUGUGGAAGAAGUUCAACAGCUGUGGAACCGAGAUGAUUCUCACCAAACAGGGGCGCCGCAUGUUCCCGUACUGUCGCUAUCGCCUGGCUGGCCUAGAUCCUGAGCGGCAGUACAGUCUGGUCCUUUCCAUUGUUCCAUCGGACCAGUACAGGUACCGCUGGAGCUCAUCCAAAUGGGAGGUCAGUGCACUGGCAGAGCACCAGGGCCAGGGUCUGAUCCGGGCGUUUCCCCACCAUUACUCACCAUGUAAAGGCUCCGACUGGAUGAGUUUCUUGGUGUCUUUCUAUAAACUCAAACUGACCAAUUAUUCCCAAGACCAGGCAGGGCAUAUGGUCCUCCACUCUAUGCAUCGCUACAUUCCUCGGUUACAUGUGAUACCUGUCCCGGAUGGGGACGUAGCCACACCUGACCAGCCUGUGGUAAUGGGACCAGAGUGCAUGACCUUUACUUUUCCACAAACCGAAUUCAUGGCGGUGACGACUUAUCAGAACUUUCGGAUAACCCAGCUAAAAAUUAAUCAUAAUCCAUUUGCCAAAGGCUUCAGGGAGGACGGCAACAACCCUCGCUUGCAGCGGCUCACACCUGUGGCUCAACCUGUGGAGACAACAGACACCCAGCCUUCUGUUUUACAACCUGCUGAACUUGAAGAAAACGCGGAGGAGGUUGUGGAUCUGAGCACGAAGAAUCUCACUGUCCCUGCUCCUCCCUCAAAGGAGCAAGAGACCCGAGUGGUCCUGAAGCCCAUAAUGUCUUCCUCUAAGGAUGAACCAUAUGUCCCCUGUAUAAGAGGCAAGCAUGCCCUUGGUGAGCUUGUCCUCGUCCAAAAACCUGCACCUGUGGAGCCCAAUGAAGAAACCCAUGAUGUCAGUAAAACCCCUGAGGUGAGGCGAGGCUUCACAAUAAAACCUAAAACUCCCACUUUCUCAAAAUCUACCCCGGGUUCAUCACCUGGGUACCGCAAGAAGAAGAGGAGGAGGAUCAACAAACACUGGGCGAAUUCGCGGGGAAGACAGUGGAAGGCUGAGGCUGCCUCCCCCUUGGAAGUCCACUGCCCAUCAUUGACUGUCGCUAUGCAACCAGAGCUGGAUGAUGUUGAAGGCCUGCUGUUUGUUUCAUUUACCUCAAAGGAAGCUCUUGAUGUUCAUGUCAGGGACAAUCCAGCCACUAAGACAGCAUCAGCAUCUCCUGUUUCCCUAACAACACCAAUGCAGUUUGACAUAAAAGUGGAGGUGAUUCAAGAGACUGAUGAUGAGAAGAUAGCACGCUUGGAGGCUCUCCUGCUGCAGGACCUCAGGCUUCUCAAACACAGACAGGUCAUCCAUCCUGUGCUGCAGGAGGUGGGCUUGAAGUUGAGCUCCCUUGAACUAACAAAGUCCAUCGACAUGCAGUAUCUUGGGGUUCAUCUGCCUAUACCUCCCCCGAACCUCCCCGAACACGACACAGCCACGGCCCUGUCUCCUGGUGAUGAGGGAUUCUCAUUCAUCUCCCGGACAGGAAAGACAAGUGACAUCACAAAAAUAAAGGGAUGGAAAAACAAGUUCCUAAGAAGCAAAGAAACGUCUCAUUCUAACAGCGAUGGAUCACAAAAGAACCUAUCUGCCUUCUGCAGCAACAUGUUGGAUGAGUACUUGGAAAGCGAAGCCCAGAAUAUCAGUGAGCGUGCUGCCGCCUUCUCUACAAACUCUGAGGGCUCGGUGGCCUAUCAGCUGCCUGUUAAAAGCUCCAGCUACGUAAAGACCUUGGACAGCGCACUCAAGCAUCGAAAAGCUGCUUCCAAAAGUCCUGUGAGGUCCAACAGACCCUGUCCCCUUUCCCACAAACCGCUCCUCUACUCUGCCCUGACAUCACCUGCUCCUCCUCUGGCCAGCCCCGAGGUCCCUGUUCAAGCAGGAGCUGAGUCCAUACAGCAGUCUGCAUCUUCAAAUACACAGUCAGGAGCACACAGAUUUAACCACUCAGGGAGCCAGAGACCAGCAGUGAGCUGUGGGCAGAGCCAAGUGACACACAGAUCGGGUUUCACUAAGGUCCAGCUCAAACUGUUGCAGAUGGAGUUUGGAGCGCUGAGCCAGGGCCUGAGCAGAACACAGCUGACUCCAGACAGGCUGUCAGUGGCUCUGUCUGUAAUGCUGACAAAACAGAUGCUGCCCAGUCAGGUGUUUAAAACAUGCAAGAAUCCGAGGCAUGAAGCUGAAAUACCUGAUUGUGGUCAGGAGUUCUGCACCCUGGGCUGCGUCUGUUCCAGUCUUGAGCAUCUGAACAGGGGUCCCCUCCACUGCCGGCGGCCUGACUGCAUGUUUGGCUGUACCUGCUUCAAACGCAAGAUCACCAAGCAGCUGAGCGCAGGGGAGAGUGAACUUCCGAUUCAACCUGUUUACUCUAUGAGUACUAUGGAACACAUGGUCCAACCAGGCCCAGGCUCCCAUGCUAAAAAACUGUGGAACCACAACAUUGAUGAUGAAGAUCCAGAGCCAGUCUUCACCCCAAAAAGUUCUCCACCGUGUUUGGCCCCUGUAAAGAGCGUGAAACGCAGCAGUGUAACUCGUCCUACAUAUCCGAUACGAGAGGAGGAUAAGGAUCCAGUGUAUAAAUACUUGGAGAGCAUGAUGACAUGCGCGCGUGUAAGAGAGUUCAACAGCAAGCCUCCUCCUGAACUCACCAUCGAGCCCAAAAUCCUUGAUCCUUCUACACUAAACACCACUGAAAAAACACAGAAGACAACCACUGAUAACCAGCCGAACAACUACGACAGAACUACACUGAGUGUCGAAGGAGCCGCAGAAAAGGCUUCUCAGAAGAUCACACCCGAUGAAAUGAAUGCGAAAAAGCAAAUCGAGAUCCAGUCGGCGUGCCAGUGGGACAAGGACAGCAACACGGUCUUGGAAGCUUUAUGUCGGCGCAUGAAACAGAAUAAGCUGUCUCAACCCUUCUGGGUCGGACCUUACAGCAUCCGGCCCAUCACUAAGAUCUUCAUGAGGAAGCCCAGCGGCUCCGUCCUCACCUACAGGAUCCACAUCAGUAAACCAUCAAAAGCCAGUGAUAAUGAUGAAGAUGAAUAUGAUGACAGCGACGAGGAAAAGCCUGCUAAUGAAAGCUUUGAUGGCGACCUUGAUGCAGAAGAGGACGACGGCCUAAAUGAAGAGUCAGAGAUGCGCUAUGGAGUCACACCCUUUUUGAGUGGCGUGCUACCUGCAGGUAGACUGAGAGCCAGUACCAAACCUGUUGGCUGCCAAGCAUCUGGACUUAUACAGGUAAAUGGUAAAUCCUACAAUCAUGCCAGACUGUUGCUUGGGAACAUGGGAUCUCUACAUCCAGCAAACCGCCUUGCAGCAUUUGUCACAGGACGACUACAUCCUCCUUGCGGCACUUCUCUUAAAAACUCUGAGAAAUCCGACCCUAUAAACAAAACUACUACUCCUGGUAAUCUGUGCAUUAAAGCUUCCGGCACAGUAGUCCCUCCAAUUAUAACUGCAAGGAAAACCACUGAUCUGAAGGCACCGACACAACCACCAGUUCCACUAUUCCAGUCAGACUCUUGGAAAAAGACAUGCUUCAACUUGCUUUCACAAACCUCCUCGACCAUCAACCCUUUUGUUUCGGGCCAACUCAGCUCGGUCAGCCCCUUCCAGAAAAGCUCCACGUCCUCGCCCGUCUCUCUCACUGUCUCACAAUCACUGAAAGCUCCCAGCUUCUUAGGACAGAGCGGGACAUACUCAUUCAGGAUCUGCCCUCCGGCUAACCAGGGAACCACAGGCCAGAAGCUGCCAGGAGUAACCCUGCCCGGGGGCUUCACCCUCAUUCAACUCCCGAAGCCUGGAGCUGACGGAGCUGCAUCAGAAUCUGUGAACUCUACAAACACAGCUGGUGCGGAUAAAACUCCGCCACAAAAAGAUGCUUUGAUAAAUUUUGGCCAAUUAGCAGCAGCUCAAUCAGGUCCACGUUUGUUUGGUUCGGAUGCCUUUACAAGACUGAAGGACCUAUUCAGCAGCAGACCAGUGGAACCUGGACCCUCCUCUGAGCUGACGUGUGAAAAGAAGAUGCCGUCAGAUGAGAAUGAUGAAACCAACAACAGGCACUCGGAAUCAAACUUUGAUAUCGGUUCAGAGGACUUGAGCUCUGACUCCUCAGACUACUGUGUAGACGAAGAUGAUGGACUAGUGGACAUUGAGACUGUGGAAGAAGCAAGACAAGGAAUAGCCAUCUCUAAAAUGAAAGAGUGUAUCAGCAUGGCACAACAGGAGUCACGAGAUUUAUCAGCGAGGGAACUCAACAUCAAGGAGGAAGUGGUCAAUGACGAGGACUGUAAGGACAGACGGAGACGAGAGAACCACACGGUGCUAGAAAGGCAAAGACGCUCUGAGCAGCGUCACCUCUUUGACAAACUCCAGGCUGUUCUCCAGAGCGACCCCAGGGCCCCCAGGUCCACCCUCCUCUCACAGGCCCUUAAAGAAAUCCGCAAUCUGACUGAGACCUCCAAAUAUCUGGAGGAGAAGAAGAGGAGGCUUAUUCGGCUGCAGUCUAUUUAUGUGAAGGAGCUUUCCCUUUUGUCUGGGAAGACCGACACGAUGAUUAAAACCAAGCUGAAUGAGAUCUGCAAGAAGCAAGAAAUGAGAGAAAAGAUGAAAUGGAAGCCCUUCUUUUCCAGUCUCCUCCAGUCCAGAGCUGCUUUUCUGCAAGCCAAUGCUCCCCAGUCCAGGUUCUGGUCCGGCUCACACAUGACUCCGCCUCAGGAUAACCCCAUCAAAUCUGCAGCCGAAAGGAAAAUUCUGUCCCUGAUACAGGCUCACUUACAAAGCCCUCCAGCCCAAACCAGUCCACAAACACCCACGCCUCAGUCGGUGUCCUCUCCAGCCCAGGUUAAAGUCCAGGUCACUGCCCCAUCACUACAAGGCAUUCAACUUCAGACUAAGCCUGAGGGCCAACCGAAGAUACCGGAUGUCCCAGCCCAGGCCAGUAUGCCCAGUCCCCAGACAGAGGGGCCAGUUGCAGCUACGCCUCAAGUCACUGCAGCCCAGGAUGAAGCCUCUCUUGUAUCCUCAGCACCCAGCUCCAGCAGCAACCCUCCGGCUCUACCAGCAAAGUCCUUCUCACUUCCUCUGAUUCGCUCCAAGACCGGCAGAAUCAUACUUCCCUCAUCCCUUAAACCAAUUGGUCAAGGCUUCUACACACUGGUGGUUAUGGAAGCAAAGCAGAAAGAAAAAGAGGAUCAAAUUAAUAAGCAAACUUCUGGAGUGGGCUCGUUCAAGAACCAAGACAAGAGCGUUUCAGACCGUGACCACCCUUCAGAUUCAGAAAGCAGUUCUACUUUGAAGGACAAAAGUGUAAAAUCCCUUAACUCUAAUUCAGAGCGUUCAGGUGUAACAGCGCCCCUGGCUGGGCUCGCCCUCCUUAACAAAUCAAUCUUUGUGCCUCCGGUGGUUGUGCGAACUGUGGAGAGCAGCCAGGUGGGGGGCACAGCAGUGGGUGUCAAGAAAACACCGUCAACUGCCCGUUUGAGUUUUACGCAUAUGAAACAAACUCCUAAAUCCGUUGAGCCUAAUCUGAACCCUGUUGUAGGCCAGCGUCGCAGAGGCAGACCUCCAAAGAACCCCAUUACCCCCGUUAGUGCUGCUGCAGGCCUCAAAGUGGUGGAAUACAACAAGAGUGUCAUUGAAAGGAAAACCUUAAUUCAGAUUAAAGAGAAACAAAGUGAAAAAAGGACUUUCGAGGAGACGAAGACACAAGCUGAGGACUGCGCAGGAACGGUCAGUGAUAAUCCCGUGCCAGUCAAACGCGGCAGAGGAAGACCCCCGAGGAGUAAGUCGGCACAGCUGGGUAAUCCUGCUGUGAGAGCAGGAAAGGACAGCCCUUUCAGACUGCCGUACCGCGAUAUUAAACCCAAAGAAAGUCCCGACACCUUUCAGGGAGAGACUUCCACGUCUCGUCCGUUAACCAGAGGCUCUUUAGGAAAAGACUUCCCAAGUGCCAAGAAACGCUCCUGGAUAGACUUAGAAAAGGAACUGGAACCAGAGCUUGAAUCUGAAUAGUCCUCACUUCUUCCUGUUACUGCGACGCACACACAGUCAUGUGACCUCAGUUAGUCUCACAGCUGGAUGCUGCUCUUUUCUGUAUGUGGUGGCACAAAACUCAGUGGAUUUUUACAUACUAUAAAGAGAAACUUUUGUUAUAAAGAAUUUAAGAGAAAGCAUUAAUUGACCUGCUGAAUGUAUGAACGAAAUUACUGGUAACUCCCACAUUCAGUUUUUGAUGUGUUUUCUAGUUUCUUUGAUUCCUGUAAGAAAUAGAUUGAAUUUAUUCUAAUAUUGUUUUUGUUUAAUCCAUUAAUGAUCUAAUGCAAAAUAACACUCUACAGUAACUCCAAUGCGUUAAGCCUUACAGUGUAAGUUUAAUAUCUGCAUCCUGAAGGGGAUCAGACAAUACACUGCUUCACUAUCUGUACAUUAACUUAUCUCUUCUCAAGUUUUAUAAAGCGCUAGUCUGAUGCAUUUAUCCCCUUUUGAAAUUAUUGUUUUCCGUUAUAACUUCAUGUAGCACUUUAUGUUUUUGGUAGAAACCAGCCACGAUGUCUGAUGUCUUUGCUGUAGUUGGAUGGUAGCAGUAGUGACCUGUAUUCUGGGGGGGUUUGCUCAGUAAUAUGCAUUUAAAUCUAAUGUGGCACAAGCAAUCAAGAUAAAUGCUAUUAGCCAUACGUUGUAUCUAUGAAAAUAACCUUUGUAAAUAUGACACUUUCUUUUUUAAUCGCAGUUUACUUUGUGGAUGAUUUUUGAAACACUGGUUGUUCUGUUACUUCAGUUCAAUUGAAAAUGUGAAAAAUCAUGUGGCCUUGAAAAUCAAUAAAAACUACAUGCAUUUGUUA